AGAGCACAUUUUGAAAUGGAACUGCCUAUAGAGUUAUUGUGCCUUUUGAGACUUUUUGUCUCAAUAGUUCAGAGUGCAAGAAAGCGGAAGGCUUUUUGUUACCUGCCCCACGAAUUGGGUAAAUGUGAAGGCCAUUGCGUUAUGUAGGCUUUUUCUAAUAGGCAACAAAUGUGCCUUCCAUUCGCUUUCUCCAGUUGUGGCGGUAAUGAAAAUCGCUUCUGUUCCAAGGAAAACUGUGCGAAAGCUUGCGCCCAAAUUCAAUCUCUAUUUCUUUACUGUAUAGUAUUUGAUGGAAAAUAUAAAUCUGUUUAUACAAGUGAUAAACCAACGAAGCUAUCAUCAUUUUAUUGGCUAUACUCACUUACAACUACCAACUUUCCUUUGGAAUGAAAUAGUCAUUUUCCUGUUAGGAAAACGAUUUUUUACCAAAGCUCACGGCGAAUUGCGACCAAAUUUUGUAGCUCGCCUUUCUCUCUCAUUGGUUAUUUUACUUGCAUGGACUAUACACUUUAAAAUUCUUUUUCAUUUAAUAAUAAAUAAUAAUUUAAAAAAAUUAAUUUUUUAUAAAAUA